AUGGCGCAGCAGAAGCCCCGGAAGGAGGAGGAGGAGUUGAUGCUGGAGGAUGGAGGCAUCGAGGAGAGCCCGCGCCGCAGCUUCGAGGACUGCGGCGACUCCGAGGAGGACCGCGGGGAGGACGAUGACGACGAUGACGAGGAGCGGGAGCGGGUCGGCGACUGCGUCGGUUCGCCGCGCUCAUUCCAGUCCCAAAAGUGGCCGCAGAGCUACAGGGAAACAACUGACACCUACACAAUCGCUGCAUCACCGAGCUUUGGUUACUUGGGCCCUUCUACAAGCAAAUACUCACUCCUCGAUCUUGGUCGUAGUGGUCUGGGCUCUGACCUGAAGUUGCCUCUAGUAUCGGACAAGGCUGAUGGAAACCAAGAUUCUGUUAAAAACUUGCCGAAAACCCUUAGUUCAAUAAGAGAUGAGAGAGUCUCAUUUCAGUUGCAGCACACGGGAGAAAUCUACAUUAGUCAAGGGUGCAGUGUGACGCAAACAGUCUUCAAUGGGAUUAAUGUACUUGCUGGUGUUGGCCUUCUUUCCACCCCGUUUACAAUUCAUGAAGCUGGAUGGACUGGCCUUGCAGUUCUAGUAUGUUUUGCAAUUGUUUGCUGUUAUACUGGAAUUCUUCUGAAACAUUGUUUUGAGAGCAAAGAUGGUAUCUCAAGUUAUCCAGACAUUGGAGAGGCUGCAUUUGGAAGAAUUGGCCGUCUGUUGAUAUCUAUUAUUUUGUAUACCGAGCUAUAUACGUAUUGUGUGGAAUUCAUUAUUUUGGAUUGUGAUAACCUCACAUCAAUUUUUCCUAAAGCUGGUUUUGAUUGGCUUGGGAUUCAUGUUGAUGGGAAGCAUUUUUUCGGGGUGUUAACUGCUAUUUUAGUCUUGCCAACAGUAUGGCUGCGAGAUCUUCGAGUGCUCUCAUACCUUUCAGCGGGUGGUGUGAUUGCAACUCUUCUCGUAUUCCUGUCUGUUGGUUUAGUCGGUGCUACUGAUGGUAUAGGCUUCCAUUCAACUGAAGUAUUUCCAAAUAUCUAUCAGUCAAUGUCCGAUCGCUCUAAGUUCCCUAAGGCACUGUUCAUAUGUUUUGCAAUUUGCACAGCAAUAUAUGGAUCUUUUGCUGUCAUUGGCUUUCUUAUGUUUGGAGAGAACACUUUAUCACAAAUCACUUUAAACCUUCCAAAGCAUUCGGUUGCUUCAAAAGUUGCACUAUGGACCACGGUGAUCAAUCCUUUCACCAAAUAUGCCUUGUUGUUAAACCCAUUAGCUCGAAGUUUAGAAGAGCUGCGUCCUGAAGGUUUUUUGAACGAAACAUCAUGCUCUAUUAUACUGAGGACUGCCCUUGUUGCAUCAACUGUGUGCAUUGCCUUUCUUCUGCCGUUCUUUGGUCUUGUGAUGGCUCUCAUUGGAUCUCUUUUUAGUAUACUUGUGGCAGUCAUAAUGCCAGCCUUGUGCUUCCUGAAGAUCGCACAGAAUAAAGCAACUUGUUCACAGGUAAUCGCAAGCAUUGGUAUCAUAAUAUUGGGUGUCAUCAGUGCUACCCUGGGGACGUACUCCUCCGUCAAAAAGAUUGCAGAAAACUACUGCGUCUAA